UUGUCUACCAAACCGCUAUAAUAGCCUUUUGUCAUUUUUACUCGCCCCUUCCGGAGGUUGUCCGUUCUCAAAUUUCAAUUCGGAGAGACAUUCUCUCUCAUUCACCCUCUCUCUCUCCCUCCAUUUCUAGGGUUUCUCUCUCUCUCUCUCUCUACCAGGUAUCAGCGAAACGGUUCAAAUUUAGGUUUUUUCUUUGUUGAUUCGCGUAAUUUCUUUGAUAAUCAGAGGUUUAGUUAGAAAAUAAAAAUAAAAAUGAGUGUAGUGGGGUUUGAUAUUGGGAACGAAAAUUGUGUCAUUGCGGUGGUAAAGCAACGAGGGAUUGAUGUUGUGUUGAAUGAUGAAUCGAAGCGUGAAACUCCGUCUGUUGUGUCGUUUGGUGAGAAGCAGAGGUUCCUGGGCGCGGCCGGGGCAGCUUCUGCGACCAUGAACCCAAAAUCGACAAUCUCUCAGGUGAAGAGAUUGCUUGGUAGGAAAUUUAGGGAACCUUGUGUUCAGGAUGACCUUAGGUUGUUUCCCUUUAAGACAUCUGAGGCUCCAGAUGGUGGAAUUUUGAUUUAUUUGCAGUAUUUGGGUCAAACAGACACUUUUACCCCAAUUCAGAUUUUGGCAAUGUUGUUGGCGCAUUUAAAGCAGAUCACUGAGAAGGAUAUCGAGGUACCCGUUUCGGAUUGUGUGAUAGGGAUACCGUCUUACUUCACAGAUUUGCAAAGGCAUGCAUAUUUGCACGCUGCAGGGAUUGCAGGACUGAAGCCAUUGAGAUUGAUGCAUGACUGUACUGCUACUGCAUUGGGUUAUGGUAUUUACAAGACUGAUUUCCCCAAUUCAGGGCCGUGUCAUGUUGUGUUUGUCGACAUUGGUCAUUGUGAUACCCAAGUCGCUGUUGCAUUGUUUGAACCCGGAAGUAUGAAGAUACUGUCCCAUGCUUUUGAUUGUAACUUGGGUGGGAGAGACUUCGAUGAGGUUUUGUUCAGAUAUUUUGCAGCACAGUUCAAGGAACAGUACAAUAUCGAUGUUUAUUCUAACACCAGGGCUUCUGUAAGGCUCAGGGCAGCAUGUGAGAAAUUGAAGAAAGUCUUGAGCGCAAAUCCAGAGGCGCCGCUUAACAUUGAGUGCUUGAUGGAUGAGAAAGAUGUUAAAGGUUAUAUUAAGAGGGAGGAUUUUGAGAAACUAUCAUCAGAUUUGUUGGAGAGGUUAAGCAUUCCUUGUCGUAAGGCUUUGGCCGACUCUGGUCUGACCAUGGAGAAGAUUCAUACUGUUGAGCUAAUUGGGUCUGGGUCUCGAAUACCUGCUAUUACACGGAUUUUGGCAUCUGUUUUCGGGAAAGAACCUAGACGGACAUUAAAUGCAAGCGAGUGUGUGGCUCGUGGUUGUGCUCUUCAAUGCGCAAUGCUUAGCCCAAUAUUUCGCGUUAGAGAGUAUGAGGUUCAGGAUUCUUUUCCUUUCUCAAUAGGAUUUUCAUCCAAUGAAGGUCCGAUCUUUACCUCGUCAAAUGGCGUGCUGUUUGCAAAAGGACAUCCAUUUCCAAGUGUUAAGAUACUUACAUUGCAUAGAAGUAACACAUUUCAUUUGGAAGCCUUUUACGCUGAUCCGAAUGAAUUGCCCCCUGGCACAUCACCUAAAAUCAGCAAAUUUACGAUUGGUCCAUUCCAAGUAUCUGACCGAGAAAAAGUGAAGGUUAAAGUUAGAGUUCAGCUAAACCUCCAUGGAAUUGUUACCGUAGAGUCAGCCUUGUUAAUAGAAGAUCACAGGGACGAUUCAAGGGGUAAUGCUCGUGGAACUUCAGAGAAUAUGGAGACUGACAAUGAUACGUCUUCUGAUGUGGCAGAAGAGACUGCUGCUGAUGGAAUGAAAAAGGGCAAGGCCAUGAGGAGACAGGAUCUACCAGUUAGCGAGAAUGUUUAUGGUGGAAUGACCGAGGCUGAGCUCUCACAAGCUCUUGAGAAAGAACUUCAGUUGGCCCAACAAGACAUAAAGAUUGAACAAACUAAAGAUAGGAAAAACAUGCUAGAAUCUUAUGUCUAUGAGACACGCAGUAAGCUUUUGAAUACAUACCGGAGCUUUGCCACCGAGUUAGAGAAGGAAGGGAUUUCUAGGAAUCUACAACAGACAGAGGAUUGGCUCUAUGACGAUGGAGUUGAUGAAUCUGAAAACAUUUAUUCUGAGAAACUUGAUGAUCUGAAAAAGUUGGUGGAUCCCGUUGAAAAUCGAUAUAAAGAUGAAGAUGCCCGAGCACAAGCAACAAGGGGUCUAUUAAAUUGCAUUGUGGAUUAUCGGAUGGCUGUAGGUUCACUUCCACCCAGUGAGAGAGAUGCGGUUGUUAAUGAAUGCAACAAAGCAGAACAGUGGUUGCAGGAGAAAACCCAACGGCAGGAUUCAUUGCCCAAGAAUGCUGAUCCAAUACUGUGGUCAAGUGAAAUCAAGAGAAAGGCGGAUGCCCUUGAUGCGAUGUGCAAACAUAUAAUGAGAUCCAAGGCUUCAGGCACAAGACUAGAGGACACCAUGGAGGCGGAGCAAAGAAACAAACAGGAUGACAUGCGAGUGGAUUGAUGUGUAUUUAACACAGGUUUGUGAUUACCAUGGAACCAGAUGUGAGAAACAACCAACCAGAUCAAAUGCAAUUAGUUUGAUGUGGAUUUUGCACAGAUAAGUUAUUCCUUCAAAUUUUGCUUGCAUAUCGGAAUUCUAAAAAUCUCACCAUUCUUUCCGUGAAAUAGCAUUCAGCAAAUUUUGCAUGUUACCUUACUAUGAUGCUUCUAUCUGCAGUGUUGUCAUUCUCUACAAUGCCUGUAAUUUUAGCAAUGUCCAUGCUGUUUUAAUUUCUGUAACAUCCAAAUAUAGAGUUGGUUUAGAUUAUUUUCAUUGAACUUUUUUUUUUGGGUCUGUUUAUUUUGUUCAGAUUCUCUUGUUAGAUAUAGGAGCAGAGAGCAGAGGAGGAGAAAAAAAAGAAGAAAAAAACUCUUUUUAAUGUAAUUAGUUUAUAAUUUUCCAAAUUUUCAAUACAUUGGAUUGCUUUGUAAAAGUUACACAUGAUCUUGUCCUUCCAAAUAAAGUCUGUUGUGGUUGAGAAUUGUUGGGUUUCCACGUAAA